AUGGCCCCGGUCCGAGACGUACACAAGAAGUCAACCGGGAUCACAACAAUCCCCAACUAUGAGCCCUCUUCGGAACAGGUCAGAGAGACGGUCAACGGCCUGGUGCUGCCCACCGAGGAGGAGAAGCGGACCUUACGUCGCGUUGCCGGGAAGAUGCCCAACACCUGCUACCUGCUCUGCGCUGUCGAAUUCGCCGAACGCGCCUCUUACUACGGCUGCAAUCAAGUCUACAAGAACUUCAUCCGCGCGCCUCUUCCCCCUGAUGGAAACGGCACUGGUGCCACGGCUCCUGGUUCGCUGUACACCGCCGGUGCGCUUGGUCAGGGUUCUGUUGUUGCCAGCGCCAUGACCGAGGCCUUCAAGAUGAUGGCCUACACUCUGCCGGUGCUGUUCGGUUGGAUGGCCGAUGCCAAGUAUGGCCGGUUCAAGAUGGUUUGCUGGGGCGUGGGCAUCUGCGGUGUCGCCCAUGUCAUGAUGGUUUUGUCCUCACUCCCACCUGUUCUCAUGGCGGGCAAGGCUAUGGUCCCGUUUGCCCUGUCUUUGUACAUGUUGGCCAUCGGAGCUGCCCAGUUCAAACCCAACAUCUCCCCAAUGGUCAUGGAUCAAAGUCCACACAAGGUCGCACAUGUGAUUGAGCAGAACGGCGAGAGGGUCAUCGUGGACCCCGAGGCUUCUAUUAACAGCGUCAUGCUGUGGUUCUAUCUCCUGAUCAACAUUGGUGCUUGCUUCGGUGUUCCCACCACCUACCUCGCCAAGCUGGUCGGUUACUGGGCUGCGUACUUGAUUCCCACAAUCUUGUACCUGAUGCUUCCCCCGCUCCUGUGGUACCUCAACCCCAGGCUCAUCAAGCAACAGGCCGGCGGUUCGGAUCUAGGCAACGUGUUCAAGGUCUUGGGCGACUGCCUUCGCCAUGGUGGUAUCACCAGCAUCGGGCGUAGCGGGUUCUGGAACCAGGGCAAGCCAAGUGUGCGUCUUGCUGCUGGCAGCACAAAGCAUUAUGGGUAUGACGACAACUUCGUGGACGACGUCCGUCGAACAUUCCAGGCCUGCGGUAUCUUUGCCUUUACGCCCAUAUACUACAUCAACGGUAGUGGCAUUGGCGCCGCAGCCAAUGCCUUGUCUGCCAGUCUGGAUACUAAGGGUCUUCCCAAUGAUCUGCUGGACAAUCUGAAUUCCAUUAGUAUUGUAAUCAUGGUGCCGGUGAUGAAUCAUCUCGUCUAUCCCUUCCUGCAAAAACGCGGAAUUUCAUGGGGGCCUAUCAGCCGUAUGACGUUUGGUUUCGCUCUCUGCACCGUGGGAUCAUCGGGCUUCGCCAUCCUCCAGUAUUACGCCUACAAGACAUCGCCGUGCGGGUUCAACGCCACGACAUGCGCAGACAUUCUCCCUGAGGGCUCGGUAACAGUCUCCCAGGUCUCAUACCUGUGGUAUUCCAUCCCUGUCAUCGUGAACGCCAUCUCGGAGAUCUUUGUCAAUGUCACGUCGUAUGGCAUUGCGUACAGCCGGUCGCCCAAGAACAUGAAGGGUCUCGUUUCGAGUCUCAACCUGAUGAUGGUUGGCGUGUCGGCAGCUGUUGGGUUGGCGUCUUCGCCUGCGAUCAAGGACCCCAACCUGAUUUGGGUGUUUGCUGGUCCGACCAUGGUUGGGGCUGUGAUGACGGUGCUUUUCUACUUUACCUUUCAGCACAUUGACAAGGAGGAGUUUGUGCUCAACACGGGGGGUGAGCUGGAUGGUCUGGAUGCCGAGGGGAAGCAGGGGACUGGUGUGUUUGGUGAGAAGGACAGGGUUUGA